GAGAGGCGCGAAAAGCAGUGUUUCCUCGGCCAUUUACUGGGCUGUGGAGUCUUUCGGUAGGGGCCGCCAAGGUGGAAUCUCGCGCCCGGCUCUCUGACCCCAUCCCUCUGAUAGGCCUCGCCGUGAGGUCUGAGCAGUGGUACUGCGCGUGACGUGCCUUUUCCAUUCCUUGCUCCUCUGAUGGGCCGGCCCACGGCCACGACCCGGUUGGACCUGGGCUGAGCAGCCCCAUGCUAGAGAUGGCGUGGGGAGCCGGUGGGGCGUGGGAAACCAGCUACACCCUGGGUCGGACGCGCGCGGAAUCCGCCGGCCCGGAAGCGCAGGCCACCCCGCGUUGGCCGGAAGCGCGUCUUGAGAGGCGGAAGCUGCUUGCUGCCGCGUUGCCCCGCGGGUCUCCGUCCGCCCGGUGGCCCGACAGCCUGGCUGCCCGACCAGUGUAGACCGCCCUCUGCCGAGGGGCGCAGAGACCAGCCAGUGCAUGGAAGGAAGAAAAAAAUGUCUCAGAAGCAGAUGAAGGAAGCUUUUGUCAGUAACCACAAUGGAACCAGCGUGCUAGAAGUCACCCAGGGCUUGUGCUUGCCUGUGCUCUGUAUCCUGUGCAGAGGGCUCCUGGUCAUUCUCUCACAGCUCUCGCGUUCUUCACACACCUGGAGAGCUCGGUUCUUCAUUGACUUCGUUUUCCUCAUAGUUCCCCUGGUGACCACUCUGACCAUUUUGUCUUCAUUUAUCUACCUCGAGCACCUCACUGUAAUUAUCUUUGGGGCAGGGCUAUUCUACCAAAUAUACCACCGGAGAACUUGCUAUGCCAGAAUGCCUGUCCAGAAAAUCCUUGAAAAGUUCUCAAAAAUUAGUCUAGAAUCAGAAUACAUUCCAGCCAUCUCCUGUUUCCGUGUAAUCAACAGCGCAUUUACUGCUGUUGCCAUUUUGGCUGUGGACUUCCCACUUUUUCCCAGAAGAUUUGCCAAAGCUGAGCUCUAUGGCACAGGAGCAAUGGAUUUUGGUGUAGGAGGCUUUGUUUUUGGGACUGCAAUGGUUUGUCCAGAGAUUAGGAAAAAAUGUAUGGAAGGGUCCAAAUUUUAUUCUUUUACAAAGUCAUUGUACUCUGUUUGGCCAUUGGUCUUUCUAGGAAUGGGACGAUUAAUCAUCAUAAAAUCCAUAGGCUACCAGGAACAUUUAACUGAGUAUGGAGUUCACUGGAACUUUUUCUUUACCUUAAUAGUUGUGAAAUUGAUAACAUCACUGCUUUUGACUUUCUUUCCCCCAAAUAAAUCUUGGGUUGUAGCUGUCAGUAUUGCUGUAUUAUACCAGUUAGCCCUCGACUUAACCCCACUGAAAAGGGUAAUUUUGUAUGGCACUGAUGGCAGAGGCACAAGGGCUGGUUUCUUCAAUGCCAACCGAGAAGGAAUAAUGUCUACCUUGGGGUACGUGGCAAUACACAUGGCUGGUGUACAAACAGGGUCAUAUGUGCUUAAAAAAAGAUCACACAUCAAAGACUGGAUAAAAGUAGCAUGUUGUAUUCUACUGACAGCUGUUAGCCUCUUUGUAUCUCUUUACAUAGUUCAGGUAAAUGUAGAAAAAGUAUCUCGAAGAAUGGCCAAUUUAGCCUUUUGUAUUUGGAUAGUUGCUUCUAGCCUAAUCCUUCUUAGUAGUUUAUUACUGGGUGACAUAAUUUUGAGUUUUGCCAAAUUUCUAAUUCAAGGGGCUGUAGUACCAUGUUCUUGGAAACUUAUCCAGUCUCCAGCUACAAAUAAAAAGCAUUUAGAAGCUCUGGUCUCUGAAGCUGAAAGAAAGAAACCCAGUCUUUGUUUAAUCACAGCUAUAAACAGAAACCAGUUGAUUUUUUUCUUGCUGUCAAAUAUAACAACUGGCCUAAUCAACCUGUUGGUAGAUACAUUGCACAGCAGUACCUUGUGGGGCUUGUUUGUGCUCUGCCUCUAUAUGUUUACCAACUGUUUAAUUAUAUACACUCUACACUUGCAAGAUAAGACUAUAAAAUUUUGGUGAUCAAAAGGCAGUGGAUGUGUGUGUUUGAGCUAUUAAUGAGGGAGAAAAUUAAAUGUGAAGAAAGGGGGUUUUGGGCAAUCCAGUGUUAACUAGAUUUUAUUAAACUGAGUUUCAAUCCUCUAUAAUAAUAGGCUUAAUAUCUUCAUGUAUCUCUGCACUAUGUAAAACAAGCUAAUAGAAAAGAAACAAAGUGUUGUGUCUUGUUAGAAUGUUAAAUUUCAGUAUUUUAAAGGAAUUGUAGUUGUGACACUGGAAGAUUGGAGGGUGGAGAAAGGUUUUUUACUCUCUUACAUCACCUUAUACCAUUCUAUAUUUUUUAUUGUAUGUAUUUUAUAACGUUUACAUUAAAACUGUGAGUUGUGGAAAUGUCAA